GCCGCCGACUCCGCGACUGCACGCCCCGACCUGCGCGAACGCACCUGCCGCUGCCGCCACCGCCGCCACCCACAACAGACGCUGUCCCGACUAGCGAGCGCACGCCAAACCUCGCCGCGCCUACCUGCUCCCGAGGUGCCGCCGCGGGCGUUAUGUUUCGGUGACACACGCUACCUCUUCGGGAAAAAGAAUCGAUAUCUCCUGAUCUCUUGGGCGAUCACUUGACACCGAGCGCACCGACGACAGACGACGUUCGGGAAUGAAUGACAACGUUCGGCAUCUGAAUGCAUCCUUCAAACCAGGAAAGAAUGAGAAGAAAGUGGACCUCAUCAAUGAAGGGGAAGAGGAACAGAUGGAGGUGUACGGGUACCGGCUGAGCGCGGGCCGCCGGUGCCUUGCCUGGCUGGGCUUCCUAGCGACGGCGGGCCUGCUGCGGCUGGUGUGCCACUGGUUCCCGCGGAUGCUGCUCUACCUCACCCACUGCCCCUGCAGCCUGCGCGACGCGCAGAAACUGCUCUGCGUGGAAAAUUACCAAGGAAAGUACAAAAUGUACCAUAUAAGGACCUUCAAAACUAUUUCUGCUGAGGCUGUGAGCUCGCAAUGCGCUGAAGAAAUGUCUCCGGAGUCCAAGAAGCUGCGAGCGUACUUAAGCAACGGAAAAGUAAAAGACUUGGAGGAGCUGCGCAUGGUGUCGGUGAAGAAGCUCCGCUACGUGUGGGACGAGGCGGAACAGCGCCUGGUGCGGCUCAGCGGGCUGGAAGCGGCCGCCGGCUACGCGGAGAUGCACGCCCACUCCGGCAUAUCGGACUCCCUGCGCUGCUCCAGGCAAGCUGUUUACGGACUGAACGACAUAGACGUGCCGAUGCAGAGCAUCCUCACCCUGUUCCUGCUGGAGGUGGUCAACCCGCUCUACAUCUUCCAAGUCUUCAGCUUGAUCGUAUGGUUCCUCGAGGGCUACUACUACUACACCAUGGUCAUCAUUCUCAUGUCCGCCUUUGGUGUCACGUCCAGCAUCUCGCAGACACGGAAAAACCAGCGCAGCCUGCACGACACGGUGCACAAGACUGACGUCGUGACGGUGGACCGCGGCACGUCCGGAGGAGGCACCCUCGAGGUGGAGACGACGCAGCUGGUGCCCGGUGACGUCAUAGUCAUCCCACCCAACGGCUGCGACAUGUACUGCGACGCCGUCCUCCUCUCUGGCUCCUGCAUCGUCAACGAGAGCAUGCUCACAGGUGAGAGCGUUCCCGUGACGAAGACGCCGCUGCCCAAGACCGCCGGCGGCUACUACAACGCCCGAGAGGACAGCAACCACACGCUCUUCUGCGGGACAGAGGUGAUGCAGUCGCGAGGGCAGAAGGGCAGCUCUGCCAGGGCGCUGGUCCUGCGGACGGGCUACCUGACGGCCAAGGGCGAGCUGGUGCGGUCCAUCCUCUACCCGCCGCCAGCCGACUUCCGCUUCGACCGAGACGUCGGCCGCUUCAUCAUUGUGCUCGGUAUCAUCUCCACCUGCGGUCUCAUCUACACCAUCGUCUCGAAGUCGAUGCGGUUCAUUCGGGCGUCGGACAUCGCCAUCAAGGCGCUGGACCUGUUCACGAUCGUGAUCCCGCCGGCGCUGCCCGCCACCAUGACCGUGGGCAAGUUGUACGGCCAGAAGCGACUCGAGAAGGCGCGGAUCUUCUGCAUCAACUCCAGAGUCAUCAACGUCUCCGGCUCCAUCGACUGCAUCUGUUUCGACAAGACGGGCACGCUGACGGAGGACGGCCUGGACAUGUGGGGCGUCGUGGAGGUGAAGCCCGAGGGACGGUUUCUGCAGCCCCCAGCCAGGGACCCACAGGAACUGCACGACGGACCCCUGAGGAGGGGCAUGGCCUGCUGCCACUCGCUCAGCCUCAUCGACGGCGAGUACGCCGGGGACCCGCUCGACGUCCGGAUGUUCGAGUUCACGAAGUGGGAGCUAGUGGAAGAAGAAGAGGACGUGGCGGACGGGGAAUGUGAGGAAGACGACGAGGACGAGGAGAACCUGCCGACGGUCGUGAGACCGCCUCCAGGAGAGAGCCAGGACGCCAAGGAGAUCUCGAUAGUGCACCAGUUCCAGUUUUCCUCCAGACUGCAGCGCAUGAGUGUCGUCACUAUCACUGCUGGAGUCCAGGACUACGACAUGUACUGCAAGGGAUCCCCAGAGAUGAUCACCUCGCUAUCCGAUCCCAGCACAGUGCCGACCGGCCUGAACGAGACGCUGCACGAGUACACCAGCAAGGGCUACCGCGUGAUCGCCAUGGGCCACCGGCGACUAGCUCGCUCAACCAACCUGCAGAAGCUGGCGCGAGAGGACGCGGAGCGCGACCUGCGCUUCCUGGGCAUCAUCAUCCUGGAGAACCGCCUCAAGCCACAGACCACACCCGUCAUCGCCGAGCUGACCGCGGCGCGCUUCAAGAUCGUCAUGAUCACAGGAGACAACAUCCAGACGGCAUCGAGCGUGGCCCGUGAGAGCGGCAUCGUGCUGCCGCACGAGACCAUCGUGGAGGUAACUGCCCGGGAGCUGCCCACGUCAGCGCCGCAGGUCUACUUCACCAAGUCCACCAUUGCGCCACCGAGCAUGCCGUGCGACGGCGGGCUGAGCAACGCGGCGUUCGAGGUGUCGCCCGGGGACGAGGAGACGUGCGUCGGCGGCGGGGGCGGCGCGUCGCCCUACCGGCUGGCGGUCACAGGCCCCACGUGGGCGGCGCUGCGCAGCGCUCGGCAGGACCUGCUACCGCGGAUCGUGGCCGCCGGCGCCAUCUUCGCGCGCAUGUCCUCCGACCAGAAGCAGCAGCUCGUGCAGGAGCUGAAGGAGAUGGGCUACUACGUGGCCAUGUGCGGGGACGGAGCCAACGACUGCGGCGCGCUCAAGGCGGCGCACGUGGGCAUCUCGCUGUCCGAGGCGGAGGCGUCGGUGGCGUCGCCGUUCACGUCGCGAGAGCCCGACAUCUCGUGCGUGCCGCGGAUCGUGCGCGAGGGCCGCGCCGCGCUCGUCACCUCGUUCGGCAUCUUCAAGUUCAUGGUCGCCUACAGCAUCGCCGAGUUCACGUCGGUGGCGCUGCUCUACGGCAUCGACAGCAACCUCACCGACUUCGAGUUCCUCUUCAUCGACAUCUGCCUGGUGGUGCACUUCGCGCUCACCUUCGGCAACACGGAGGCGUUCGCGGGGCCGCUGGUGCCGGAGUCUCCCAUGACCGGCCUCUACACCAUCACGCCGAUGCUCUCCCUGUGGUUGCAGGUGCUCGUCAUCGUCGCCGGGCAGACCGCCGGCUUCUACGUGGUGCGGUUCUUCCCCUGGUUCGAGCCGUUCGACUUCGCCAAGGUGCAAACCUACGCGUGCUACGAGAACUACGGCGUCUUCUCGGUAUCCAUGUUCCAGUACAUCAUCGCGGCGAUCGUGUUCUCCCAGGGGAAACCCUACCGCAAGUCGGUGUACACCAACCGCUACCUGCUCGCUUCGCUACUCGUUAUGACGGGCGUCUGCGCCUACAUAACCGUCUACCCGGCCCGCUGGAUCAUGAACUUCCUCCAGAUCAAGCUGCCGCCCGCCUACGACGUGCGCGUCGUCAUACUCUGCAUGGCCGUCGUCUCCUUCGUCGUCGCAAUGUUCCUCGAGAACUUCGUCGUCCAGUACCUGGUGUUCAAGAAAGCCCGCGCAAAGUUCUCCGUCUGCGGCCCGAAGGGUUCGCCGAAAGCGAAGCUGAUCGAGGAGAUGCGCGAGGACAUCAGCUGGCCUCCCAUCACCAAAGAAAUUCCCCCCAUCACUAUGAACGGGACCGCCCCGACGACGUACAAGAUCGAUUACAGCUCCGGAGAUACUACCGCUCAGACGAAAUUAUGAUUUUGUCGGUGGUUAGUUUUUUAUUAGACGGCUGACUUAGGCGGUUAGACAAAGCUUUAUUGUAGGUAGUGUCAACACUGCUGGAAAUAAUUCACUGAAAUAAAAUAAAAAUAUCUGAGGGUCGUCGAGAAAAUCCCGUUGUUGUACUGGUGGAGAAUGUACAAAAUUCGUAUUUACUUAACUUCCGUCCACUAUCGUAAGGAAUGCAGAAUGGUGCCACAAAAGAUGUAGAGCUUGCAUAAUUUGUACAUAUGUAUAUAUUUCCCACGGCAUUAAUUUUUUACUGUCGUAUUAGAUACAUCUUCAGAUUUGAACUUUCUUCCGCGUGUAAUAUUCUCAAAAUACGCUGCAGUGUGUUCUAGUAUUCUGAUUAUUAUUAGGAACAUCCAACCUAAAAAAUCUGAGAAUGUGUUCUAGCGAUUGUUGCCAGAUUUUAAAGUUGAUGGUGUUAUAAUGCAACAGUUUGCUUCUGCUCCUUACAACUGAGUGCCUACGCGGUGUUUCUGUCAGCUAAUGAAAAAAAAUUAAUUAGUAGACAAGUUCCUUCAUGAAAGUUCCAAUUUUGGCAGACUACCGAAAGGUCAAUAAGUUCCAUACAGAGUACAAAAUAAGAGCUGUUUAUCUCUUGUUGACAGAAUGUUUCACUUCCUAUUUGUGCAGCGUUCAAGUAAAUGUUAGACUAGUUCCUUGAAACAUUCCCUCUGAAUUGAGCAUAAAAUUUGUCUAGAACAUAUUAAGAAAGGCAGGAAUAAGUUUUAAUGGUGGGUGAUCUGAUAAAUCUGUGUAAUGGUUAUUUUGUUGCUCUACAUCAACUGCUGCGAUAGGAGCCACGUGUGUCUGUUUCGUGUAAAGUAUGUUUAUGUUUUGUGUUGCAUAACGCAGAUGUCUGACAGCUGACUGCCAUGCAGUCAGUCACAUGACAGCUGAAUAUCGAUGUUAAGAGUCUUGUCUUAUCAUAUGUAUUGGCAUCACAGCGGUGAAUCAUUUAGGAAGGUUGUGAGGUGAUACGUAUCAGUAUUAGUUCAUUUUACCUUAAAUCUGUACAUCCUCUGAGCUUCAGGAAUACAGUAUAUUUCCUAUCACGCUAUUGACUUAAUUAUUUGAUAAGCACAAUUGUCCCAAGUAUUUAGAAGAAGGUAUUAUUCGCUGAAAACCUUGUAUUGUGACAUUUUCUGUCAAUUUGCUGUGUUUCUGUUCUAAUUCGCUGAUCUGUUUGUCUUCAAAGCAUAUAAACAGGUACAAAAAUAUAUGGUACCCACGUCAUUUUUAAGUAUGCAACUUAACUGGUAAAUUUCUGAGGUCAAUGACAAUGUUGUCUUCAAACCACGAUUGAUAUUUUUUCGUUACUAUUAUUAGUUUAUAAGAAAUGCAAAUUACUGU